ACGCAAACGGGAAGGCCCCAGGAAAAAAAAUACCAAACGCACGCAAAGCCACACGCACCCCGACCCGUUCCCAGGCCAUCACACCACCUCCUCCUCCUGCCCCGUCCCCGCCGCCGCCGCCGUCGCGGCCUGCCGGCCUCCGAUGGCGAAGACCCGCAAGCCUCCUCCCCCGCCCCCGCCCCCGCCCCCUCCUCCUCCGCCGGCCCCCGAAGAAACGUCAUCCCCGCAGCGGCGGCGCAAGAAGAAGGGCCGCCCGUCCCUCCUCGACCUCCAGCGCCGCAGCCUCCGCCUGCAGGCCCAAAACCCUAGCCCCGCCCCCUCGCCCACUCGCCGGGACCCCAACCCCUCCGACGACGAUGAGGAUGGGACCGGGAGCGGGGGGCGGAGGCGUCAGAAGCGCCUCAAGAGCGUCCUCUCCGGCGUCGUCGUCAAGGAGGAGACGGGGGAGGGAAAGAAGGAUGCAGCGAAAGCGACGGGGAAAGGGGACGCUGCGUCGGAUGGUGGGCCCACGGGGACUCCCCUCCCAGACAAAAAGUUGCUACUCUUCAUCCUCGAUAGGCUCCAGAAGAAGGAUACUUACGGAGUUUUCUCGGAGCCUGUCGACGCAGAGGAGCUUCCGGAUUACUUUGACAUCAUUGAGCAACCGAUGGACUUCUCAACAAUCCGUGAGAAGCUGUUGAAUGACUCGUAUUCUAAGUUGGAACAGUUUGAGGAUGAUGUGUUUCUACUCACAUCAAAUGCCAUGUCUUACAAUUCAGCAGACUCAAUCUACUUCCGGCAGGCACGAUCUAUUGAAGCUCUUGCCAAAAAGGAUUUUGAGAACUUGAGGCAACCCAGCGAUGAAGAAGAAGAACCCAAGCCACCAGCUCGAAGAGGUAGGCCACCGAAGAAUCCCAGGACAGAGGGUGAUGUGUCACCAGAUCUAUCCAAUGUGAAAACAAACAAAACUGAAGACAAUGUUGAUACAUUCAGAAAAAGGUCAACUGGAGACAGAACUCGAAAUACAAAUACCCCGAUGAAAGAUCCGUCCAGUUUUCACAAUAUGCUUGGUUCUUCUAGUGCAAAAAGAGCAGACAAAAUCGGUGAUUAUUCAGGUUCAUCCAAGUGGGGAAAGAAACCUGUUGUUACCCUAGAUGACGACCGCAGGAGUACAUAUGAUCAGCACUAUUCACGUAAUAGCUCUAUGUUUGCUGCCCUGGAUGAUGAAAGGAAACUACUGGUGCCGGUAGGGGUUCAGCAGCAACAUGCAUAUGCUAGGAGCUUGGCACGAUUUGCAUCAAAAUUGGGCCCAGUUGGCUGGGAUGUGGCAACAAAUCGUAUCAGAAGGGCACUCCCCCCUGGGACAAGUUUUGGCCCAGGAUGGGUAGUAGAUGGUGAACCACCUCAAAACUCUCAGUGGGCUCCUGUCGCAUCCACCAAUCCCUCUGAGUGCACUGCUCCACCCAAUAUGCCAUCUAAGAAUGAUGUUCUACAUCACAAGUCUGGACCGUCUUCAAAUGGGGAUGUUACUGGUGAGCAGCAUUUACCUAGAACUCAAGCAGUGGCUUCUACAUCAGCAAGCUUUGAUAAGGGCCCUGAAAUUCCCAAUAAAGUAACCAAACAUGAGAAUGGAGUCAACAAGGCAUGUGGUGGUAUGGACAAUACGGGAUCAGCAGCGCCUCCAAUGCAGCAACACAGCCACAGCCGAGAAAUCCACUCUAACAUCAAUGGCUUUACUGCUAUGUCAAACACCAUGAGUCAGUAUGCUGGGCAAGGGUUAUUUGGAUCAGGCAUUCCUAUGACACAUGCUCAAGUGCUUGGGAUGUUUUCUGGAAUGAAUGGCAAAGUCAAUGGCUAUAAUAUGCAUAGGCAGCCAGCAACUGCUGAUAGUCUUAAAACAACAGCACAGAACGGAGAUGUUGGAAAGGCAACUGUCAACCCUGUGCAAGGUGCAGGUCAUGAUCCAAAGAUCGCGAAUGACAAUAAUUCUGCUCACCCAAGCUUAAAUUCUGGUGUCCAGCCAUCAGGUUCCCCACCUAGGGGAAAGCUGGCAAAUCCAAAGCACCCCGAUCUGGCUUUGCAGCUAUGAGUGCAGCAGUAGCCAUUGACAUAGUUUGCCUUAGUACUGUGAUCUGUGACAGAGGCAUAUGAGUUCAACAUUGCUUCCCCGGGCCUAAUUCUCAAGCUCCCGGUAUGCUGAGCGGAGCAUGAGAUUGAUUGAAGAGGUAACAAAUGAUUGGUUUCUCGUCGGAGAGAGAAUAGCACAAAGUUGCAGCAGAGGUGGCUGCAGGAGGAGGCGCAACAUCAUCUAGGUCCUCCAUUUAAUCAUUUGACCCCCAGUGAGUUGUUGUAAAAGGGUAGGGUAGCUUCUGUACAGGUUCUAAUCUUAUUGGAGAUGAUAAUGUUUCGGAUGAGGCGGCGCCUGUUGUCCAAUUUGUAACAUUAUAGUAGAGGAGGGAAGUAUACAGGCGAAAAGGCAGUGAAUAAUUGUGCCUUUUUUGCCCCCUGAGAGGACGCACUCCGUUUCGAAAUGUACAAGUGGCCGAUUGGCGAUAGGGUUUCCGGUUGAGCGACCUCGGUCAAAGCUUGCUUGAGUAUUCGUUCGUAUUGCUGUUGUUUUGAUUUCUUCA